AUGGCUAUACACCGUGGGAUACAGUCCGCGAUCUUCUACUACCUGUCAUGUGCGCCAUGCGCCGAGGCGCGAUACCGCAAGAAGCGGAAGCAAGAGGCAGUCCGAGGGCGAGCAGAGAGGGCAGCACUGGAAGCGGAGAUGCCGGAUGUGUACCGUCACCCUUCACCGAGCUCAACGAAUCCAUACUGGCAGUCCGAGAUUGCUGCUGGUCCGGCCUUGGUGUCGCGCGGAAAGAAGAAGGCCAAUGCGAACAAUCGCCAGUCCGGAAGAGGCCUGAAGUCGAGCGCGACGCGAAGGAGUAACGAUACCAGCUCGACGAGUUUGACCCAGCGGGACGGAGGGAGCAGUCGGAAUGGAAGGGUGGACAGCAAGUGGCACUUCCAGCAGUUCCAGAGAGAUGAUGAACCGUAUGGGAGCGCUUCAACGGAGAGGCUGGCGUCGAAUACUACCUUGGAUGGAUCCGCAAGUGGUCGCAGCGGCAUCUCGAGACCGCCAAAAGCGAAGACCAGGACAGGGGACGACUAUUUCGAUGUCAGGAAUCCCGAGGUCAACGAACGGCAUCCCGCAGUGGUGACGAGAAUCAGCUCCAGGGAGGAAGCGCAAUGGCUGAUGGCGCCUCCGCCGACGGCAGACUUUAUGAGCGGCAAGGAACGGUCCUCCAGAAGUCGAAGCGAUAGCGGAGGCAGCAGACUGUCGAGCAGGUCUGGCGUACCACUAUCGCGAGAGGUUAGCCGACGGAUCAUCGAGCAGAAGAUCAGGAAUGGAGAAGGACCUUUGACGCCACCGUUGUCCCGAGAAGCGACCUUCCCGGUUGCGAGUGACCCUGCAGGCCAGCGACACGACAGAACAGCAACAGACGAAAAAGACUUCGCGGUCGAUAGGGGCCCGGUACGGCAGCCCAAACAGCGUCCACCACCUCUACGACUCGGCUCUUCAGAUGAAUCAAACGGUUCUGCGCAGACCGUCGUUCGCAACGGCAACCUCUCAGUCCAGCCCGCAUACGUGCGGAAAGUGGCUUCGAGACCACAGCUGUACACCAUCGUUUCUGACGAAUCCGCAGCUGCCGUUGGCUUCGACACGCCUCUCGGGGCUCUCUACGACGAAUCUCAAGACGACGACAGCUCGUCCGUUGGACGCAACCGGACAUCGAGACGCUCACCACUGCUCGUCCAGGACGACUCGCUCAAGGUUCUGCAAGGCGUGGACCCUAAUCUCGCAGUGACCAAGUCGCACGUGGUUGUGUCAAAAGAUUGGGCAUCAGGUACUAAGCCGAAGCAGAUUCGACUUCCGUCGCAGGAUGCGAGCGAAGAGAAGCGGUUAGAGGGCGGACCGGAGCUGUAUGACAGUUGGUAUACGCCUGAUUUUCAGCUCCCGGAGUGGAUUCACGAGCACACCAAGCGGGAGGUUACCAAGCGAUGGAGUAUGGAUAUCUGA